GCCGAUGACUUCGUGCGGGCGAACGCGUGCAGCAAGCUGACGGUGAUCGCGGAGCAGAUCCGCCACCUGCAGGAGCAGGCGCGGAAGGUCUUGGAUGAAGCUAACAGAGAUGCUGAUCUGAAUCAUGUGGCCUGCAACCUUGUGAAGAAGCCAGGAAACAUUUACUACAUGUACAGGAGGGAGAGUGGGCAGCGAUACUUCUCCAUGCUGUCUCCUAAGGAAUGGGGAACAGCUCCCCACGAGUUUCUUGGUGCCUAUAAGCUGCAGCACGACAUGUCCUGGACUCCCUUUGAGGACAUUGAGAGACGAGAUGCUGAAAUAGCCAUCCUGGAGAAGCUGCUGAGUCGACAGGCAGCACUACCUCCCUGCACAGAGCCCAACUUCCAGGGCCUGACCAAGUCCCAGGAGUGA